UCAGUCCAAGUUGACAAAAACGUGGAUCCAAUUCCAUUGUCGCUAAAGCUUUCAACAAACUAUCAACUACUUGCCCAAGGAACAAGAGCUGUUACCUUUUUGAAGUUCAAAGUUUAUGCCUUGGGUAUUUAUGUUGCGAAUGAUGAUCUUUACAAAAUUCCUACCGUUUUGGAUUCAAAAUUCCUUUCUUCAACGUUUAUUGAUACUGAUAAGUCAAAAUCACACUCUGAAAACGUUACCAGUGCACUUCAUGAUAAUGAGAAAUCCAAGAUCUUGAUUUCCAACCUGUUGGAUUCUAAUAUCCGUUUGGUUGCUAGAAUAUCUCCUAUAAGAAACACCGACUUUAACCAUUUGAGAGAUGGAUUGGUUAAGUCUAUUUUGGCAGCAGGUGUACAAGAUGAAAGUCUGGCCGAUGGUUUACAGGAAUUGAAAGAUGCAUUUAAUCGCAAAGGUUCAGUUCCUAAAAACAAUAACUUGUUUAUAGAAAGACUCUCUGAUGGCCAACUUCAAUUGAUUUAUGAAAACACAAGGAAUGGUGAAGUUGUUGAAUUGGGAAAUGUCAAAAACCCUAUAGUGAGUAAAUUGUUGUUUUUACAGUACUUGAGUGGA